AUGGCUUUCGCCGUCGCCUCCAAAAGGGCCCCGCUGGCCGUGGCCGGCCUCCUCAAGAAGCUCCUCCUCGCCGCGCCAUCCGCCUCUGCCUCCGGGGCCGCUGCGGGUGGACUGCUAGCAGUACUGAUGCGAGCGGGGAUUGGGAUUCAGAUUGGUGCUUGUGGGGGUGAGCGAUCGGCUGCUUGCUUGCUCGUGUCUGAAUUGAUGGAUCGAGAAAUUGCGCUGCCCGUGUUUGCGGCGGUGGCCAUGAGGAUGCACGCGAUGUGUUUGUGGAAUUGCUGCAGCCUGCGCUGA